AUGACGUAUACACUACCAUUAUUGCUAAUUUCCUUGUUAAGUAGCAAUGCCGCAACGAAUUUGGAAGCUUUUCAAAGUUUGACUACUGAAGCAGUUUUCUUCAGUACAAUACAUCGAAUCUAUGUUGAGGAGCCUUUCGAGACCAUAUUUCUAUUACAAACAAUAAACAAUGCUUGCAUCUCAUCAAAAAAGUUAUGGAAGCUGUUGAAAGUACCGCUGCUCAUCGCCUCGGGCAGUGCACCGGCAGAUAAGCUGAAGGAACGUUUCAACAGCAAACAACUCGCUAUAACGUGUUUGUCCGCGCAUCCCGAUCGCCAGCUUCUCAAUGUCUUGGCCAGCAACUUGCAAUAUAGCCGACAGACUCGUAUUAUCUUAAAUAUCGCUGAUGCGAAACCCACUCCCAACCUGCUCGUUUAUUUGCGGAAAUACUUAGAAAAUAAACUUAUGCCGAAUGUGAUUGCGAUCUUCUCCAAUUUCUACACAGAAAAUAUCUACUACCGAUAUCAUCCAUUUCCGAGCGGCCAUUGGGUUCGAGAAUUUUUAAACAAAACCGAGCGCUUCUUUCUGUGCCACCUCGCAAAUAUGCAGGGGAAAACUUUCAAGACUUCGCCUGGUCAAACUGCACCUCGCACAAUGAUCUAUGAGGACGAGGCAGGCCAACAACACUUAAGCGGCUAUCUCGGUUACAUGAUGACCACCUUUGCGGUGAAGCACAAUAUCAGUUGGCAGUAUUUAAAACCAGUUAUACCAGGCAGCAGCACAUAUUCGGGGGUUAUAAUUAAUUAUACCAGGGAAGGGAUACUGGAUGUUGCCAUCACUCUGGGCUUAGCCUCCCCUCACCCGUUUACAUCAUAUCCUGUGGAGAAUAUUGAAUGGUUUAUUAUGUUGCCAUGUCCGCAACCAAUUGAAUACUCAGAAAUAUAUGCGAUGGUCGUUACAGCGCAAGUUAUUGGCAUUUUGGUGAUUCUGGAUUUGCUCUUCUCGCUGCUGGAGACUUUUGUAAAGCACAAAUUCUAUAAGCGGUCAGCUGAAUUCAAUCUGCACAAUAUUUUGCUGAAUGAAAAUAUUUUUCGCGGAAUUUUCGGUCUUACUUUUCAUAUUAGGCGACGUCCAAUACUUUGCUUAAAGAUGCUUUACAUUUUUCUAUUUUUACUGGGUCUAUUCGUUAACAACAUGUACUCAGCUUAUUUUCAAACUUUGCUCACAAGUCCGCCUCUUAAGCGGAAAAUACUCACAUUUGAUGAUAUGCGGCGGGCAAAUUUGAAAAUCAUGUUUGAUCGCUACGAAUUCCAAGCAACUCAGAAUGUACUUGACUCUGAAUUUCACAACAUAUUAGAGGGCAUUUCGCAGCUGGUGGAUACUGAGACAUUUCAACGCCAUCGUGCAGAAUAUGACACAAAAUAUGCCUAUACUAUGCCGGAAUCACUUUGGCCUAUUUUCGAACUGCAACAGCGAACAUUUGAACGUAAAAUAUUCUGUUUGGCUCCAACUUUAAAAAUUUUCGAUCGUUUAUUGCUGAGCAUACCGCUGGCGGAGAAUUCGUAUUUGAAGGAGCCUUUGAAUAUGCUAAUAUUGCGUACAAUGGAAACUGGCCUGGUGGACCAUUGGCGCACUAUGACAUUCAUAGAUAUGUGGGCAAUGGGCAAGCUCUCUUUGAAGGACAAUAGCAGCAGCGAACAAUUCCAUAAUAUUCGCGUGGAAGACAUGAAGCUUCCGUGGUACUUACUACUCUGUGGAUUGGGCAUUAGUAGUUUGUUUAACAAAACUUUUGUUGCUGGAAAUAAUUGGAACGCGAAAUAUUUUCCUGAGUUUUGGUCAGUGCAUGACAGCAUGCAUCAGAAACAGCAACCUUUUCCAGACAGCACAACAGUGGCGAAGGGUGGCAUCGCCGGCUAA